CCUGUCACCAUUUCCACUCGGGUGAUUUGUGAAAUUGUGACGCCAUAGCCAUGUACAUUGAUGAUCGUCCCUCGACACAAUCCCACUUCGACUCUUUCCCUUCUCGAAACUCCACCUCCUAACACCUCAACUUUACGCACUCCGAUACACAGUCACUCAUCCAUCCAUCAUGGCAUUGCGAACGCUCGGCCCAAAAGCAGCAGCGGCGCUCGACCAAGAGCUCAUGAGCACCGGCGCCUUCUCCCUCGACCAACUCAUGGAACUCGCCGGCCUCUCCGUCUCACAAGCGCUCUUCAAACUCCAACCACCACAAAAAGGCAAUUGCAUUUUGAUCGCCGUAGGACCUGGCAAUAAUGGUGGUGAUGGAUUGGUCGCUGCGAGACAUCUUUGGCACUAUGGUUACAAGCCUACUGUGUAUUACCCCAAGCAGCCGAAGAAUGAGCUUUACCAGCGGCUAUCACAACAACUCCGCGACCUCCGUAUCCCCUUUACAGAAGAUUUCUCCUCUCAACUCUCCACCACCGACUUUAUAAUCGACAGUAUCUUCGGCUUCAGCUUCAGCGGUGAAGUCCGCGAACCUUUCCCCUCCGUCAUUGCCGCCCUGCGCGAUUCGAAAGUCCCCGUCUUAGCCGUGGACGCACCUUCCAGUUGGAACAUCGAGACUGGUCCUCCUGAUGAGGGGCCCGGGAAGGGAUAUAAUCCUGAUGCGUUGAUUAGUUUGACGGCGCCGAAGCCAUUGGUCAAGUGGUUCGAGGGCAGACAUUUUGUGGGAGGCAGAUUUUUGACACAGGCGAUGGCGGAGAAAUAUGAGUUGGAUAUCCCGCCGUAUGAGGGACUCGAUCAGGUUGUUGAGGUGCCCGCUAACAAAUGAUUGGCACGGUUGUAAUGGACUGUGAUGAUACACACAUAUAAUGGACAAACAAGCAAUGACUAAAGAGAAACAACGGUAUAUUAAAGCUAUAUACUAAAAAGAGUGGCUAUCGAAGAGAAAAGAUCGAAAAGCAGAAGAAAGCAACAGAAUAUCCCUUUCAAGCUUUAAAUCCAGCACUUUUCUUGCUGAUAAGUGCAAGCUCCCAUACUACAUCCCAUGCCCCUUCAAAACACCCGCUGUAAACCACAAACACUCGAAG